AUGGAAAAUACUGAAGCUGACCUCGAAUUGCUGACACAAAAAUUAUCCAGCACUACCGAGGUUAAGCUUCGUGAUCUAACACCUACUGAAAUCUCGAUGUUAUCAUCGACGAUUCCUGAAAUUAAAACAAUGUUAGACUAUCGAACAGAAAGAGAUGAGUUUUUGACGAAGUUUACUGACCCCGUAAAGAUACCAACAUUCGCUACAUACUCAGACGAUCUCUUAAACAGUUCUAACAUAAAUCCGGACUUACCGAACGAAACGCAAAAGCAAUUGAAGCUCUUUUUCGCAAAUGAAAUCAACCGCGCUAAAACUAUACGCGAUAUUGUUAAAAAUCAUUUCACAAAUUCGCAAAUAAUUAUUGAUUCUCAAGAAUCUCUCUUUACUUUUACAAAAGACAUAGCAAAUAGGAUUUAUCAAUGUGAAUCUGGUUUGAAGCGUCUUCAAGCAACAACAAUUUCCACUUUUAGUUUAGCUGAUAUCAAAUUACAAGUAAAUUCAACAUUUUACGAGACAGCACGUAGAGCAUUCUUAAACUCUAUCAACCAGAAGAUCAAAGCAUUCCCAUUAUCAUCAAGAUCUUCAAUAGUUAAUCGAAUAUUAAAAACUGUUAUGGAUACAAUGACAAAAGAUAGCUCUAGACCUCAAGUUCUUACUUUUCAUGAUACUCCAGAGCUAGUUGAUAAAGAAUUAGAAAGACUUUCCAAAAAAUUUGGAAUUCAUACUGAUAUUUCUCAGGCAGAUGGCCAAGAAUUCCUUUAUCAUGCAGAUAAGAUCUUCCAUACACUCUGGAAGAAGCUAAAUAUCGAAUAUGUUGAGCGAAAUUACCCAAGAAAAACAAAUAAAAUCGAACCAUCGCAAGAACAACUUGUAAUGGACAGAUUACUUGAUGAUGUUGCUCCUGAUGUCAAGUUUUCACUCAUAUUUGAGCAUUUAUUUACUUUUACUCAAGAAGAAGUGAUGAAUAACAUAAAUGAAGUUGUUAGGUUCUAUCACGCGAAGAUUCCUGACCAUAAACUUGUUUCUUGGCUUGAACUACGCCUUGUUCAUAUGAAAUACCUCUUAGUUCUUAUUCUUUCUCAUUUAAAUUAUUUUGAAUUAAUCAGAACUGGCAAAAACUAUCAGAUUUCAUCGGAUCCUGAGAUUCCAAACAUCAUAGAGAUCAAAGAUGAAGAAGGAAACCUUGUAGUUUUCACAAAAGCUCUUUCAAAAUACGAAUCUGUCAAAAAUAUGAUUCUAAAGAUCGCAACAUUCAACUUAGAGAGGUACCAAUCAACAAUAGAAGAAGCAUCGCUCACAGUUGACAAAGAAGGAAUUCUUGAAAGGUUAUUAAUUCAUAUGUCGAAUUUCUUAAUGGCAAAACGAGCUCUUUUGCAGCCAUUAUUAGAAGCAUAUGAGCAUUCAGGCGAAGACAAUCUCUGGAACGUGAUAUCUCAAGUCCUUGACGAAACUCCGAAAUUGCCAUUACAUUUAUACCGAAGUUUCGAGAGCCCGUUCGAAAUUGAGGUUGAAGUCAUGCAUAAGAAAGCGGAUAUCAUCAGAUUCCUCUUCAAUUCGCAAGUUAUGCAUGAAAGACAAAUCUCAACUCAAUUUAAUGAGGUCAUUCCUAUUUUUGACCGACCAAUCAGUCUCGCAAACGAGAAACACUUCUAUAAGAGAUACAAUGAGAGUAUUCCCAUGACUGUAUUCGAAGUUUACCAGAGUUUAGGAAAAAUUGGCGAAUUUAUCAACGUAAUUCACAAUGUUUCUCUCGAGUUCAUAGAGACAUUGCAGAUCAGACAGAUCCGAUUCAUGAAUUGUGUGGAGUUAAGUGUAUGGUCACAGGUCGAAGAAAUGUUAAAAAGUGACGUUUGUCAAUUUCCUUACGAUAGAAGCACUUCUUCAUUUAAUUUCGUGCUGAGCGAUACAGUCAACUCAUUGUUCAACUCUGCCUUCGUUAACAGGAUCACUGAAUUCGACGCUAUAAGUGAGAACAUGAACGAAGGAAAGAAAUUGAGAUUUUUCUUAGCAUUAAAACGGUUUUUGCACUUUACACGACAAUUAGAAGAAGAAGUGAUCAGAACGAACAUGUUGCAAGUCGCCUAUUACGAAGGCUGUGAUUGGCUGAACAUCUCAGACAGAUCAGUUUUAAUGGGACCGUUCAGAGAAACAGCGAAAGGCGGAGAUGUCUUGGAAAUGCACCAAACAUCAAGUGGCGAAAAAACAAUUGAUUUCGCUUUGUCAGAGAUCGAACCUGUGACAAUCAAUUUCUGUUCGCCUAGUGAUGUAAAGGAUAUAAUACUAUCCAAUAAUUUCGAUCUAUUGGACAGAUUAGUUCGUUACCAAAGGUUGCAAAACACAAUUUUGGAAGCAGCUGUUAGAUAUAAUAAUGUUUCAAUAGAUUCAGACAGACUUGUUCAAUUUUUUGAGAUGAAUGAAACAUCAUCUGAUGUUUUCUUAACUGUACAAGAUGAGAAACUCAAUGAAGAACAAGGUGCCGAAAAGUUCAUGAAACAAUUUAUUGCUCCUCUUUUGUUUUACGAUUCUGCUUCUAUUUAUAGAGAUAAUCAACUGAUGCAAAGUGACAAACUCUCGUUCAUGGUCUCUAUUUCGUCAAUUAAAACGAGAACAAGAACAAUAUUGACGUCAAAGACAAGACAGAAAGAUUAUAACUCUGAUACAUUAUAUGAUUUGUAUAGAAGUGAAAUGUUGGAAGCAUUUUCUUUGCCAAUUUAUAGAUACGAAAUCUAUAGAAUUACUAAUAUAGAAAGAACUGUUUUGCAGUCAAAUGCUUUCAUUGAUACUUUCGUUCUCGGACCACAACAAAGUACGGUUUUUGUAAAUGAAGCAGGUAAUUUUGAAUCGAUGUUUUAUGUCCCUUCUUGGGUUGAAGUUUUCCAAAUGAUGCAGACUUCUCCUUUCGCAAGACAAACAAUGUCAUUGAAGGAUGUUUUGAGCUAUGUAAUAUACAGAUUGAAAUUGUUGUUGUUGGCCAAAUACGAGUGCUCUAUUUCCAUGUCAAGUAGUAAUUUAUAUCCUUCUCUUUACAACGGAAAAUUUUCAAUGGAAACAGGAUUUUUCCAAAAAUUAACGAAUGAAUUACAAAGAUUGCCAAAUUCAAGGCAAGUUGACAUCGCAAGCAAAUACUUGGAAGAUAAAUAUGUACAUUACUUCUAUAGGAUUGAGCAUGCCGCAUUGAGAACUAUCGAAUUCUUCUUCCAAUCCAUGAAAGUUGACACAGCAAGAUCUGGUUCUUCUUUUGAUAAUGAAAAAAGUAAAAAUUCUUCACCAAGAUUUUGCCAAAUUGUCAAAGAUUUAUGGAAAGAAAUGCAUCAACAACAAUUUGUUGAUAAACACAUCUGUUCAUGCGACAGAUAUAUUCCUUGUUGGGUUAAUCAGUUCCUUUCAGGAGCCAAAGAUAACGAUAGACUUGAAUUUUCUUCAAGUUUACAAGCAACUGACACUUUUUUGGAUACCGCAAUUAAAGGAAUCAAAGGCACAGCUGUCAUGGAAUACUACCAGAUCUUACCAUCAAGUAUACGAUUCCUGAAAGAUGCGAUUUGUUUGUUCCAUCUUAAAUUCGCUUAUUAUUUGUUGUUGGACAAAUACACGCAUAAUCAAAUCACUCAAGAAACAUUUGUUUCUCUUUUGAAUCACACAGCGGCAAUCACAGGACAAACAGCAUGGAAUGAUUUGAUAUUAAGCGAAGUCAACAAAACACUGAGUGUUGAUGAUGAAACAACUCAAAAAUUCACUCCUGUUUCCAUACAAAAACAGACUCAAACAACAUUCGAUGUUGCAAGGAAUGCAAUUGAUUGUAUAAUACUGAACUCGCAGAUAAAGAUUGUACAAGAACAAGUCUCUACAAUCGAACAUGGUUUGUCAGGAGGAACUAAAAACGUUGCUGAAUUAAAACCUGAUAUUUCGAGUGAAAUUUAUUCGAAUAAAACAGGAAAUGCAUUGUUACAAGUAACUCCUGCACAAGCUGAUAAACAGUUCAAUGAGGAAAUGAGGUAUUCCGUUGCACAACUAACCAAUUUCCUUUAUACGGCUUUGGAUUCAACAACUUUGGAAAGAAGAGAUCAUGAUGGCACUUUUUCAACUUUGUAUGAUGCUGAUGUUUUCGAAGCAAUGGCACAGAAAAUGACUAACGCGUUGAGUAUAUUUGGAGAAGGUUCUGUUAAUGAUUUGAACACUACAUGGAGUGAUUACAUUCGUGCAUUGGCAAACCAGUUACAAAAGAAUGAUGAAGAAGGAAGUUUAUUGUCAAUUUUCCAAAAAUUGCAAGAAGACGGAUUAGAAAGACAAAUUGCAAGCCAAUCUUCUGUUCUUUUCACGGAUUCUUUCUUUGAAAUCAAUGAUUUAAGAGGCAGAUUAGCUUUGUUGAGAGAAAACAGAAGCAAACAAGAAAUGGAAAUGAUCAGCGAAGAAAGAGUUCAGUUCGAUGAUCUAGUUAAUGAUUUGAAGACAGAAAUAACAAACAAAAAGAGUGAAUUUGGUGGAAUCAAGAAAUCAGUUUUAGACCAAGUUUCCAAGCGAAUUUUCACAGCGCAAGGUGUCCAAUUAGAAGUAAAUGGAGAGAAACAUGAGAAUGGAAACAACGACAACAAGAAGAAGAUCGAAGAUAUCGAAGAAGAAAAUGUUUUGUUGCAAAAGAAAAUAAAGAUUUUGAGAAUUACUCGUUGCAUGGCUUUGAUUGCUUUGAAAAGAUCAUUUUCUAAAAAGAUUGCAAGUGCUGAAUCAGACAGAAGAAGUGCAAAUGCACAGUUGUGGGGCUCUAAAUUAUCAUCUGAUGAAGAUGGAAAGAUGAUGACACAACAACUUAUAGAAACAGGAAGAAGACUCGCAGAUCUCGAAAUAGAAAUCGAAAAAGUUAAACAACAAUUGGAAAAUGAAAAAAUGUCAAAUAUUCAGUUAGUUCAUUGGAAAGCUAAAAACGAGAGAAAAGCAGACGAACUCAAGACAGAAAUCGCAAAGUUUGAUGAUGUUGGUGAUGUAAAUAUUGAUGAGUUACUUGCAAAACUAGAAGCUAAAGAGAGUGAGUUGGAGCAGUUGAGAAGAGAAUCAGAUGAAAUUGAAGAAAAAGCAGAAAACGAAAUAAGAAAACCAAUGAAAGAUAUCAGUAAACUUCGCGAACAAAUAAGAGAUGCAAGAAUUUCGCGUGGUGUUAUGUUACGAACAUCAAACUCUGUUCUUUCGCAAGAAGCUAAAGAUUGGGAAGCAGACAUGAGGAACAGAGAAUUGGCAACAUCUUCAGUUUCUCAAGAGAAUCAAAAAUUGAAGAAAGAAAACGAGUUACUCAAAAUCCAAAUCGAGAGAUAUCAAUCAGACAAAGACGGAAGAUCGGUUGAACAAAAGAAGCAGAUGGAGGCAACACUCAAGUUCAAUGGAGCUAAAUCUUCGUUGGCUAAAGCUGCCUCGAAAGUCAAACCGAUUACAAAGCCUGUUCUUCCUCCAAGAUCAAUUUCAAAAUUAUAA